AUGCCAAUUAUCCACGUGAUCAACGUCGAGUCUGGCAACCUGCGGUCUCUGGAAAACGCCCUCAACGUGCUGGGAUACACGGUGGAGUGGGUCUCUAGCCCAGACCAGAUCACUGACUCCAUUGAGAAGCUCAUUUUCCCCGGAGUUGGCAACUUUGGCCACUUUGUGAAGGAGAUUGACGCCCGAGGAUUCAUUGGCCCCCUCAAGAAGUACAUUGAGAGCAAACGGCCGUUGUUUGGCAUCUGUGUGGGUCUCCAGGCUUUUUUUGAGGGAUCCGAGGAGUCCAAGACUGUUGCAGGACUGGGUCUUGUGCCCGGUGUUCUGAGCAAGUUUGACGAUAAGGACAAGAGCGUGCCCCAGAUUGGCUGGAACUCGGUGGAUAGCCGAGAUUUCGCCGAGCACAAGUCUCUGUACGGCAUGGUGCCUUCUUCCAAGUACUACUUUGUGCAUUCGUACGCUUGUAUUCUGGAUGAGGCCGUCAAGAACAAGAUCGAGGCUGCAGGCUGGGAUAUUGCCACGUCACAAUAUGGUAACCAGACAUUUGUGGCUGCUAUUUCCAAGGACAAUGUUGUUGCUACCCAAUUCCACCCCGAGAAGUCUGGAGCAGCCGGUCUGCGUGUGAUUGACGCUUUCCUCAAGGGUAAGAAGUACGUGGAGGACCCUGUAAUUGCUCCCCAGACAUCGUUCGGUCUCACAAAGCGAGUCAUCGCCUGUCUGGACGUUCGAACCAACGACCAGGGUGAUCUUGUUGUUACCAAGGGAGACCAGUAUGACGUGCGAGAGAAGACUGGAGAGGGCCACGUACGAAACCUCGGAAAGCCAGUUUCCAUGGCCGAAAAGUACUACAAGGACGGAGCCGAUGAGGUCACUUUCCUUAACAUUACUUCGUUCCGAGACUGCCCUGUUCAGGAUCUUCCCAUGCUGGAGGUUCUUCGACAGACUUCCAAGACUGUUUUUGUGCCCCUGACUGUCGGAGGUGGUAUCCGAGACGUAACUGACUCUUCUGGAAACGUCACCACCGCUCUACAGGUUGCUACCCAGUACUUUAUGUCUGGUGCCGACAAGGUGAGUAUUGGUAGUGAUGCGGUCUUUGCUGCCGAGGAGUACUACAAGAGCGGCAAGAAGCUAUCUGGUAAGACCCCCAUGGAGACUAUUUCCGCCGCAUACGGAGUCCAGGCCGUUGUUGUUUCUGUCGACCCCAAGCGAGUCUACGUUGAUGCUCCCCUGACCGACAGAGUUUGCAUUGAGACCAAAUACCCCUCUGCCGACGGAAAGAAGUACUGCUGGUACCAGUGCACCGUCAAGGGCGGACGAGAGGCCCGAGAUCUUGGCGUUUUCGAGCUCGUCCAGGCGUGCGAGGCUCUGGGAGCUGGAGAGAUUCUGCUCAACUGCAUUGAUAAGGACGGAACCAACUCCGGUUUCGAUCUUGAGCUCAUCGACCACGUCAAGUCUGCCGUCAAGAUCCCCGUCAUUGCUUCCUCCGGCGCUGGAAACCCCGGUCACUUCGAGGAGGUCUUCCGAGAGACCUCUGCUGACGCGGCUCUUGGAGCUGGUAUGUUCCACCGAGGAGAGUACUCCGUCAAGGAUGUCAAGGACUUCCUGGAGAACAAGGGCGAGGUUGUGCGAGCCUUUGAGCCAAUUGAGCUGGUUCACGUUGAGUAA